AGAGCUGCAGAUCAGUGGUGAAGAAGGGGUCUCAUUGCCACCAUGAACUUCUCCGGCAAGUACCAAGUGCACAGCCAGGAAAACUUUGAGGCUUUCAUGAAGGCAAUUGGUCUGCCUGAUGAACUCAUCCAGAAGGGGAAGGACAUCAAGGGCGUGUCAGAAAUCGUGCAAAAUGGAAAGCACUUCAAACUCACCAUCACCACUGGGUCCAAAGUGAUCCAUAAUGAGUUCACCCUCGGGGAGGAGUGUGAGCUGGAAAACCUGACCGGGGAGAAAAUCAAGACGGUGGUUCAUAUGGAAGGUGAUAAUAAACUCGUGACCAAUCUCAAAGGCAUAAAGGCAGUGACUGAAUUCAACGGAGACACAGUCAUCAGCACCAUGACAUUGGGUGACAUUGUCUUCAAGAGAAUCAGCAAGAGAAUCUAGACACGGCUGCAUUUCAUAUUCUUUUACUAUGUAAAAAUAAUGUAAUAAAGUGAACUUUGUUUUAAAAA